AUGGCGAAGCUGGGUAAAAUACAGCAGUCCCGCACUGCAUACCUAGCUCUCCUUUCGACAGGAAUUUUGGUCAAUGCUGGUGUAAUCGCUCCUCGUGAGCUUACGACUCCUGAAGUAGCGGGAUGGACCUCCAAAGGAUGCUGGAUCGACAGCCUGAACGGUGUCCGAACACUUCAGGGAGGAUAUCGUGCAAGUGGCGACAACACGAUUGAGUCCUGCCUCAAGUUUUGUUCUGACGGUAAAUACAAAUACGGCGGUGUUGAAUACGGAGGAGAGUGCUUUUGCUCCCUCCGUAUUUAUGGCGAUGCUACUCAGCAGGCUGAUGCCGAUUGCAACAUGGCCUGCCCAGGAGACAACGCUCAGCCAUGUGGCGGUAACAACAGGCUAACACUUUACGAGUCUACCGCUUCCGGCGCCACAAUUGCAGGUGGUUCCUCUGGAUACCAUUAUCUCGGCUGUUUCACCGAUAAUCCGGGUGCACGAACGCUCAACGUUCCCAUGACUAUAGACGGCGGCGUUACUGCUGCAAACUGCUUAGCCGCCUGCUCCAAAAACAACUAUCUUUAUGCUGGUGUUGAGUACUCUAGCGAGUGCUACUGCGGCAACAACCUUCUCAACGGCGGCGGUCUUGCCAGCGACGGCGAAAAGCAAUGCGACAUGCUUUGCGCCGGUGAUAGUAAGUUCAUUUGUGGAGGACCUAACAGGCUCAACAUUUACACUUUGGACAAUCCCCCAUUGGCGACCUCGUCGAGCUCGGCUGCUCUUGCGUCAGAAACAAUGCCACCCAACUGGGCAGCGGACGGCUGCUACACCGACAGCGUUGCAGCGCGUACUCUGCGAUACUGGCUUCCUGUUCCUGGUGGAUCGGACCAGAUGACAGUCGAUGCCUGCGUCACCGCCUGCAAUGCUAAGGGGUAUAAGGUCGCCGGUCUUGAAUACUCCCAGGAAUGCUGGUGCGACUUUGAAUAUCAGGCUAGCGGAGUGUCUGUUACGGACGGCUGUACCAUGGACUGCAAAGGCAACGCCACGGAGAAAUGCGGAGGUUCCGACCGUAUGAACGUCUACACAUCUGUUAUCUCGACCAUUGUCUCGAGUUCGACUUCUUCUUCGGAUGCCAGCGCUACAAUGAUGUCUUCCUCAUUCGCCACAGACUUGAGCACUAUCACAGCAUCGUCAACCUUUUCGACUGAUACAAGCACUACAACCGAGUCUUCUUCCACCAGUACAAGCACUGCAACCGAGUCUUCAUCCUUCAUUGCAGAGUCAAGCAGUACCACAGCAUCGUCAACCUUUUCUAUUGACGCAACUAUUGAAACAUCUUCAUCAACUAUAAGUACGCUGAUAACUUCAGCAUCGGCGUCACCUUCGCCGAUUGACACUGUGAAGGAAGCUCCGACAUGCGCUACAAAGGCAGUUGGACCUAACCUUCUUCAAAACCCCGGGUUUGAGAGCGGUCAGUUUGCGCCGUGGAACAUCUGGCAAAGUCAGGGUUGGGGCACGGCGACUCAGGGUGUCUCUGGCAGCGGUGCAGGUGCAAAUGUCUGGUUCAGAGUUGACAAUUCUCGGGACGGUGGUGGUGCUUCUGGGUACAUGUCACAGACUGUCAGCGUUGAGGCUGGCAAAGAAUAUGAUAUCCAAUUCUCUGUCAGCCACGAGGCGGUCUUCUAUAAGGGGUCAUGCAGCCUUAACUUCAAUGUCGGCCAGAACGGGAUUGGAAGUACGUCCGCGUACGGCGCUAGCACGAUCAGUCCGUCCAAUGGUUGGUUAAGGGAAUCCAAGUCCUUCAUUGCUACUGGGUCUUCGGUUACCUUGCAACUUUCCUACCAAUGCCUCGGAACUGGAUACGGUCUCACGAGGGUUGAUGAUUUUGUUUUGAGGGAGAGCAAUGGCUGCGGAAACAAACUGUUCAACACAAAGCUAGACGACUCCUCUACCGACCCGUGGCCCUGGUACUUCAGUUCACUUUCGACCAGUACCGGAGGUCUUACUGUCGAUACUAGUGGCGUCAUCUCUGGCGCCAACAGCGCCAAGCUCACUCACACCUCGGCCACGCCAAAUAAGUACGUGUAUGCUGCGCAGAAUGUGACUGGUCUGGCGACAGGAUCGUAUACAGCUGGGGUUUUCGUCACUGGCAGGGUUGACUCGUCCGUCACAUCAGCUCAGUGUAGCGUCUAUGUGGGUUACGUAUUAAAUGGCAUUGCGAGGACACUCGGCACACCUGUCACCUUCUCCAAAACUGGUCUCGCCAAGAAGCUGGUCACCGGAAAUAUUCAGGUCCAGUCUGGCAGCGCGAUCGUCCUUGUUGCCCUCACCUGCAUGGGUACGGCGGGACAGAGGUGGAUUUAUAUGGACGAUGCCUACAUGCUUGCCCCUGUUGUAGAGACUCGUCUUUAA